GCCGCGCCGUGCCCCAUGCGCCGUUGCUGCCCGGCUCUCUGCAUCAGCACCAGCACCAUCGGCAGCCGCCGCCGCCGCGGCGGCGCCUCCCGCCCUGCCGCUGCCGCCGCCGCCGCCGCCAUCGCCGCCCCCCUCCCGCCCGCCGCCGUGUCCCGCCCGCCGCUCCUGGUGCUGGUGCUGCUGCAGCGCCGCCCCGCGCCGCCCGCUCCUGCGCCUCCGCCGCACAAGAUGGCGGCCGGUGGGAGCGGCGGGGGCCCCGGGGGCCUCUCCUCCUCCUGCCCGCAGCCGCCACCGCCGCCGCCGGGUAACGGUGCCGCCGCCGCCGCCUGCACCAACGGCGCCCCCCCGUCGCCUCCCGGCCUUACCUACAACCAGUGCGGCGCUGCCAACCCGGCGGCGAGCGGCGGCGGCGGCGGCGGCGCGGGGGGCCCGGCGGCGGCGGCGGCGGCGGCUGUUGCGGCGGCGGCGGCUGCGGGGGCGGCGGGGCCGGCGGGGGGGCGGGGCGGCCCCGGCGGGGCGCUGCAGCGGGAGCCGGUCUAUAACUGGCAGGCGACGAAGCCGACGGUGCAGGAGCGUUUCGCCUUCCUCUUCAACAACGAGGUGCUCAGCGACGUGCACUUCCUGGUGGGGAAGGGCCGCGGCUCGCAGCGCAUCCCGGCGCACAGGUUUGUGCUGGCUGUGGGCAGCGCAGUCUUCGAUGCGAUGUUUAAUGGUGGAAUGGCCACAACUUCUACAGAGAUUGAGCUGCCUGAUGUGGAGCCUGCUGCCUUCCUAGCUCUGCUGAAAUUUCUUUAUUCAGACGAAGUUCAGAUUGGACCAGAGACUGUUAUGACAACACUUUACACAGCUAAAAAAUAUGCAGUUCCAGCCCUUGAAGCUCAUUGUGUGGAGUUUCUUAAAAAAAACCUCCGAGCAGACAAUGCGUUCAUGCUGUUAACACAGGCAAGACUUUUUGAUGAGCCUCAGCUGGCCAGCCUUUGCCUAGAGAACAUAGACAAGAACACAUCAGAUGCCAUCAAUGCGGAGGGGUUUACAGACAUUGAUCUCGACACCCUGGUUGCGGUGCUGGAGAGGGAUACCCUGGGGAUCCGGGAGGUUCGUUUGUUUAAUGCAGUGGUUCGCUGGUCGGAGGCUGAGUGUCAACGGCAGCAACUUCAGGUGAUUCCAGAGAACAAGCGGAAAGUACUGGGCAAAGCGCUUUCUCUUAUCCGCUUCCCAUUGAUGACUAUUGAGGAGUUUGCAGCAGGGCCUGCCCAGUCGGGAAUCCUCACGGACCGGGAAGUGGUGAGCCUGUUCCUCCACUUCACAGUGAACCCGAAGCCACGGGUGGAGUUCAUCGACAGACCACGCUGCUGCCUGCGGGGGAAGGAAUGCAGCAUCAGCCGUUUCCAGCAGGUGGAGAGCCGCUGGGGGUACAGUGGGACUAGUGACAGGAUAAGGUUCUCAGUAAACAAAAGGAUAUUUGUAGUUGGGUUUGGAUUAUACGGAUCCAUACAUGGGCCAACGGAUUACCAAGUAAAUAUACAGAUCAUCCACACAGACAGUAACACAGUCCUGGGGCAGAAUGACACGGGGUUCAGCUGUGACGGAUCAUCAAACACGUUCCGGGUCAUGUUCAAGGAGCCUGUUGAAAUUUUACCCAACGUCAACUAUACAGCAUGUGCUACUCUAAAGGGUCCAGAUUCCCACUAUGGAACCAAAGGACUGCGCAAAGUGAUCCAUGAAUCACCAACAACGGGAGCCAAAACCUGCUUUACGUUCUGUUACGCGGCUGGGAAUAACAACGGCACUUCUGUGGAGGAUGGACAAAUCCCAGAGAUCAUCUUCUACACAUAGUGCAGCUGCGGAGCUGGCUCUGGACUCUUCUGUUCUCUUCCCCGUGACCUUCCAAACUAAAUUUCUGGCUGAGUUUGACCACACCUAUUGGAGCCACACUAGCCAAAGGUCUCAGUAAAAUCAUUUCAAAGCUCA